AUGAAAGUGGAAAGUUCAACUGAAGAGUAUUGUAUUACAAAGAAUGCAGUACCAGAUGUUCAAGGACCAUUAACAAAAAGAGCAAAGUUUCAUGUAAAUGCAUUAUCAUUUGAUCAGAGGAUUUUGGACAUGAUCCCAGAUAUGAUAGAAGAUGAGAAAUUUCAUAUGAAUGUUAGAUGGACUUUCAGUGAUGACUAUGAAGACCCUGGAUGUCCUGAAUUGAUUGAACAAAUUGAUGAAAGAGAUGAAAAUAGUGAACAAAUUCAUGGAAGAGAUGGAUUGCCUGGGUUGCCUGGUUAUAAUGGAGGGCAUUUUUAUGCCAAAGGAAAAAAAUUUUUCAAUCUUUCUUCCUUAACUAUUGAUGUUAGUGGUGGAGAUGGUGGACAAGGUCAAGAUGGUGGUAAUGGUGGCAAUGGACUGGAUGGUUCAGAUAUUGGAAAAGAAAUUGUAGAAAGUAGAGAUGAAUCUGCUCUUGUUUCAAGGAAAAAAGUAAUGGAAAACCUCAUAGUAAAGGGAAUGAAAUUUCUUUUUACCUUUAAUGAUAAAUUUACAGAAACAUAUGAAAGUUAUGAUCCAGGACAUAAAGGAGGAAAUGGUGGACAAGGAGGAAAAGGUGGCUUUGAAGGGAAACCUGGCUUAGUAGUCAUAGAUAGUCCAUUUCAAUUAUCUGAUGCUCCUGCUAUUUCUAAAGCAGGGAGUAAGAAAGGUGUAAAUGGUACAGGAGGGGAACCAGGCAAAGGCGGAGAAAAUGUAAAAUAUUGUGGGGUAUACAUUAAUGAAAUGGUACUCCCUGAACUUAGAGGCUAUAAUGAAUUAGAUUUAGAUGAUUCUGAAGAUCUUGAAUCUAAGGAAACGAUAACAGGAGUGGGACUAGCAGGAACAGGAAUAGCAACAGCCACAGGAGGUAUUAUUGCUGAGGCGACAGCUAAGGAACUGGUUUUACAACAAUCAGCCCAAUUAACUAUGAAGGAGGGGGCAAAGCAAUUAGUCUCAAAAGGAUGGUGGUGGCAAAAUCCAUUUGUUAUAACAGAAGGUAGUAAGUUAGCAAUGCAAGAGGUAUCUAAAAACACCUUUAAUUUUGUUACUCUAGAAGCAGCCGAAGAAAUAACAAAACAAGGAGGCAAAGUUAUAAUACAAGAUGUUUUAAAAGUAGGUGCUACUGAAUCAGGUAAACAUGUUGUAAAAGUUGGUGCUUCUACUGGUGCUUCUCUGGCCAAAGGUAUGGGCGUAGGCUUAAUAUUCCAAGCAGCAUUAUCUUCAGUAAGUGCACAUUUAUCAAGUGGUUGGGAAGAAGAGGCACACAAAGUAGAUUGUGGAUAUGCUCCUAAUGGAGAAACACCCAACUCAUUUAAUGACCAUAAUAUUCAAAGACCUUCUGAUCAUCUCAAACCUUCCAUAAACAAAGAAGAGAAGAGUGAUUGUUAUAAUCAAUUUUAUGCUCAGAGAAAAAAAGGACAUCUUCUUCUUGAUG